ACCGGUCAUCAGGCUUUAAAGCUGGGAUCCCAGAGAGCUGCUGAAUCUCCUGGAAGGACAAGCAGUCCGAGGCGUCCCCGCCUGGGAGGGAAGCACAGGCCCACGGGGAUGGAACCUGUCACCUGUAGGACCAUGGCUUGCCUAAGAGAUCCGCAGCCAGAGCCCUGGUCGUCCAGCCUGGUGAGCAUGCCGGCCUAACCUGGAUCCCCAGGCAUGGAGUUCCUGCCAGUCCCCCAGCCUCCCCCAGGGCCCCCAGCCAUGGACUUGGAGGAGCCCAAAGGCUCUGAGGCAUCCUCUGAGGGCCACCCCUCUAGCCAGUGGGCCUCAGGGCCUGGAGGCCCUGUCACCCUGAGCGAGAUGGAGCUGGAUGCAUCAGCUGUAGGGGAGCUGGUCCAGCAGCUGGAAGCUCUGCCAGGAGACCUGGGCGGCCCGUUCCCAGACGGAACCCCUUGUCCCCUGCACAUUGCCACUGGCCAAGGCCUGGCCACCCAGGAGAGCUCGGAUGCUGGUGGACUCCUGUCGGCCGAUGCUGGCGGAGACGACCUUCUGGGUCUGCUGAGGUGCGAGGCGUCGCCUGCCCAGCCAGGUCCCCCAGAUCCUCCACAGACCGCACCACGCCUGCUGCAGCCGCCCGAGGACCCAGAUGGAGACCCAGGGUCUGUGGGGUGGAUGGAGGGGACGUCCGCAGAGCCAGCAGACAGCAGGAGUUCAAGCAGCUCUCCGGAGCCCUGGCUGGAGACCUCACCCUUGGUGACACAGCGGGAGCCACCUGUGGCCACCCAGAACCCCGAGACCCUGGCCUCAUGCCCUGCUGUCUCUGAGGUUCCAGGUCCCUGUGGACACGAGGACCUCAUGGAUGGCGUCAUCUUUGGGGCAAAAUACCUGGGUUCUACCCAACUGCUGUCGGAGCGCAGCCCGCCGCCCAGCACACGCAUGGCGCAGGCGCAGGAGGCUGUGGACCGGGUCAAGGCCCCUGAAGGUGAGACGCAGCCCAUGGCUGAGGUGGACAUCUUUAUCUCCACCAAGCGGGUCAAGGUGCUGGCCGCUGACUCCCAGGAUGCCCUGAUGGACCACGCCCUGCAGACCAUCUCCUACAUUGCGGACAUCGGGCCUGUGCUGGUCGUGAUGGCCCGGAGACGGCUGGCCAGGAAGACCAGGCCCCAGGACGGCAGGCGCCUCUAUAAGAUGCUGUGCCAUGUCUUCCACUCGGAGGAUGCCCAGCUCAUUGCACAGGCCAUUGGCCAGGCCUUCGGCAUCGCCUACAGCCAGUUCCUGCAGGAGCACGGGAUCGACCCCAGCCAGGUGGGCACGCGGCCCUCGGCGGCCGCCAGCCAUCCGCACAACGGUGACCUGGACCACUUCUGCAACAGCCAGAACUGCAGGGAGGUCUACAUCCAGAAGCGGCCUGGCGAGGGUCUGGGCGUCGCCCUGGUUGAGUCCGGUUGGGGCUCGCUGCUGCCCACGGCAGUCAUCGCCAACCUGCUCCACGGGGGCCCUGCCGAGCGCUGUGGGGCCCUGAGCAUCGGGGACCGCGUCACCGCCAUCAACGGAACCAGCCUGGUGGGGCUGUCGCUGGCCGCCUGUCAGGCGGCAGUGCGUGAGGUGCGGCGACACUCAUCCGUGACACUGAGCAUCAUCCACUGCCCGCCUGUCACCACGGCAGUCAUCCACCGGCCCCACGUUCGAGAGCAGCUGGGCUUCUGUGUGGAGGAUGGCAUCAUCUGCAGCCUGCUUCGCGGGGGCGCAGCCGAGUGCGGGGGCGUCCGCGUGGGACACCGCAUCAUCGAGGUCAAUGGGCAGAGCGUGGUGGCCAUGCCCCACGAGCGCAUCAUCCAGAUGCUCACAGAGGCGCAGGAGGUCCACAUCAAGACCAUGCCAGCUGCCACCUACAGGCUGCUCACUGGGCAGGAACAGCCAGUGUAUCUGUGACUGCCCCGUCCACACGUGCCUUCAUCCCCGUCACCUUCAGCCCUCGACCCAUGGGGACCCCGGAGUCCUCAGCCUUGUAUUAUUUUAUAAUGUAAAAUAAUAAUAAUAAUAAUAAAUUAAAGGUUUAUUAAAUGAUCAGAAA